GUUCGUCUACUUUCUAGGGUUUCUAUUUCAUUUCUGCUAAAAAAGCCAGGGGAGCGGUUCCUUCCGAUAUUUUCCCUCUCCGCUCCCUUUCUCGCCAAUUUUCCCACGCUUUUCCCUCCUUCCAAACAGAUCUCUUAUUCAAACCCCUAUCCCCAACCCUAUCUCCCCUCCUGAGUCCCUCUUUUCUUCUCCUCAUUUUCCAUUUCCCGUCCCCAAAAUUACAAAUUUGUCCACAAAUCCAAUGCAGCUCCAUGAUUCCACCGACAUCAUUGAGACCCUCCCGGAGAUUCCCGACCAAAACUCCAACCAAAAAAAUGACGAAAACAAUGACGGAAAUGACUCUAAUAGCACAGCCGAAACCACUGCCGUCGAAGGCAAAAAUGCUCACGACAACACCACCAACAACGACCGCAGUAAUAGUUGUACGGAAGAAGUAACUGUUCUCGAUGUUUCCGAAAGAAGUGUGGAAUUUUCCAUAUUGGGGGAUUCGAAGGAGUCCGUGGACGGGCUUUAUUUGUACAAGAACGUGUUCAAUUUGAUUCCGAAAUCGGUUGGGGCAUUCAGUAGGUUAAGAAAUUUGAAGUUUUUUGGGAACGAAAUUAAUUUGUUUCCUGCCGAAAUGGGGGGUUUGGUGGGAUUAGAGUGUUUACAGGUGAAGGUAUCGUCGCCGGGGAUCAAUGGAAUGUCUUUAACCAAGUUGAAAGGGUUGAAAGACCUGGAACUUAGUAGGGUUCCACCUCGAUCUUCUGUAUUGACUCUCUUGAGUGAGAUUUCUGGGCUUAAGUGCUUGACCAAGCUUUCCGUUUGUUAUUUUUCUAUUAGAUACCUUCCUCCAGAAAUUGGAUGCUUAAAGAAUUUGGAAUAUCUGGAUCUGUCCUUCAAUAAAAUAAAGCGUUUGCCAAUUGAAAUAAGUUAUUUGAAUGACUUGAUUUCGUUGAAGGUUGCAAAUAAUAAAUUGGUGGAAUUACCUUCGGGCUUGUCUUCAUUGCAAAGAUUGAAGAACUUGGAGUUGUCAAAUAAUAGGUUGACUUCACUGGGUUCUCUUGAUCUUAGUAUAAUGCAUAAUCUUCAGACUUUGAAUCUUCAGUACAAUAAAAUUGCAAGUUGCUUUCAAAUACCUUCUUGGGUAUGCUGCAAUAUGGAAGGAAAUGGCUUAGGCUCAUCUAGUGUUGAGCUCACCAGUUCUUCAGUUGAAAUGGAUGUUUAUGAAGCUUCUGCUCAGGAUACUGAUGGAAGUGUUUCUUACAACGUAGGCUCUCAUAAGAUCUCUUCAGGCAUCUUAACCGUGCCACUGGGAAAUAGUAGAUGUUUUGCAUCUCGGAGAUCAAGUAAACGAUGGAAGAGGAGACAUUAUCUGCAACAAAGAGCUCGGCAAGAACGCCUAAAUAACAGCAGGAAGUGGAAAGGUGAAGGACAUGCUGAGGUGAUUACAUUGAAGGCAGAUGGAGAAGCUCCCGGUGAUAAUGAUGUACUGGCCUCUGACACUGGUGUGGAAGCUGGAUCUGAACUUAUAGGCAAAGAUGAUGAUAAGCCAUUACCUCUCUCAGAAGUCAAAAAUGACAAAAUAAGUAGUGUUAGACAUGAGGUUGAUACACUUACUUAUAAAAAGGGAAUCAAUGUAAAAAAUAGUACCUCAGUUGGUCAUGAGUUGAGGAGUGAAGAUGAAUCUUCUCAGCUUGAUGCAUCUUUGGCCCUGCUAAGAGGAGGAGGAGGAGCUAUUGAACCAGAUGAAGGUUCAUCCUCAGAAAUAUCCAAGUCUAAUUUUAAGUCAAAAAGGCAUUCUGAGAGGGAUCUUAAUAAUCCAAAACCAUGCAAGUCUCGGAAACCAACAGAUUAUUGCUCCAAUAUAUCACAAAAGUAUAGUACCACUUCGUUUUGUGGAACUGAAGACUACCUGACAGAUGGGUUUUAUGAUGCUGGGCGCGAUCGUCCCUUCAUGCCCUUGACUAGCUAUGAGCAGAUCUUUAAUCUCGAUUCACGUGAAGUAAUUCUUGUGGACAGGGAAAGAGAUGAAGAGUUAGAUGCAAUUGCUCUCUCUGCUCAAGCUAUGGUAUUUCAUUUGAAGCACUUGAAUGGUUUAUCUAAAGAUAAGGAACGGGUUGCUGUUGAUAACUUUCAGAUAGCGUCAUUGCUUGCUCUUUUUGUAUCGGAUCAUUUUGGAGGGAGUGAUAGAAGUGGUAUUGUAGAGAGGACUCGGAAAGCAGUAUCUGGUUCUAACUAUAAGAAGCCUUUCAUUUGCACCUGCUCAACCGGAAAUAAUGACAGCUCUAGUGCGUCUAACAAAACCUUGGAUACCAUAGAAGAUAUUGUUUUAUCCGAGCUCUGUGAGAGAUCUUUACAUUCAAUAAAGUCAAGGCGUAAUUCCAUUGUUGUUCCUAUUGGUACUCUUCAAUUUGGUGUGUGUAGGCAUAGAGCACUGCUAAUGAAGUAUUUAUGUGAUCGAAUGGAACCGCCGGUUCCUUGUGAGCUGAUCAGGGGCUACUUGGAUUUUAUGCCCCAUGCCUGGAAUGUCAUUCCUCUUAAGAGGGGUGAUUCAUGGGUUCGCAUGGUGGUUGAUGCUUGUCACCCGCAUGACAUACGUGAAGAGAUGGAUCCUGAAUACUUUUGCAGAUACAUUCCCCUUAGUCGAACAAAAGCAUCUCUUGCAUCUGAAAGCCUUCCUGUGUUGAGUUCUUUCCCUUCUAUGACCACAAGUGAUGAAAUUGAAAGAGUGGCUUCCAGUUCUAUCAUUCGAUGCAAAUUUGGAUCAAUGGAUGCUGCAGCAAAGGUGCGUACUCUAGAAACAAAUGGUGCUUCAUUCGAUGAGGUUAAAAAAUUUGAGUAUAGUUGCCUGGGGGAAGUAAGAAUACUGGGUUCUUUAAAACACACAUGCAUAGUGGAAAUGUACGGGCAUCAGAUAUCUUCAAAGUGGAUUUCUGUAGGGGAUGGAGAACCAGAACGUCGAAUCCUGCAGUCUGCUGUUUUGAUGGAGUACAUAAAAGGAGGAUCUUUGAAGGCUCAUAUUGAGAAACUAGCUAAAGCUGGUGAGAAACAUGUCCCUGUGGAUUUUGCAUUGUGUAUUGCAUGUGAUGUUGCUUCUGCACUGGCAGAGUUGCACUCGAAGCAUAUUAUUCAUCGUGAUAUAAAAAGUGAAAACAUUCUGAUUGAUUUGUCUGGGAAGAGAGUUGAUGGGAGCCCGAUCGUGAAGCUCUGUGAUUUUGAUAAUGCAGUACCUCUUAGGUCUUUCCUGCAUACAUGUUGCAUUGCUCAUUUAGGGAUACCUCCUCCAGAUAUUUGUGUUGGAACACCUCGAUGGAUGGCUCCUGAGGUUUUACAUGCAAUGAAUAAGCGUAAUCCUUAUGGACUGGAAGUGGAUAUUUGGUCAUUUGGAUGCCUGCUUUAUGAAUUGUUGACUCUCCAACUUCCUUAUUCUGGGGUAUCAGAGCUGCACAUUCAUGACCUUAUUCAGAUGGGCAAACGUCCAAGACUACCUGAGGAGCUGGAGGCAUUGGAAUCAUUGACCGAAACUGCAAUGACCCAAUCUGGGACAGAGGCCGAAACUGAGACAAUCAGAUUUCUUGUUGAUAUCUUCCGCCAAUGUACAGAGGAAAAUCCCGUUGACCGCCCAACAGCAGAAGACAUUCAUGAUAUGUUGCUCAAACACAGAAAUGAUUUGAGGAUUCGAGUUAAUAAUAUUUAGGUUGGUGAAUUUUAAUAAUUAUUACCUCUAAAUUGUUUGCAUGAAUAUGUCAUUUCAUUACCUGUUUCGUUGGGAAUCAGAUGUUAAUUACCACCCUCACAAGUAGUUGUAGUUACUAGGUUUUAGUGGCCUGACUGACAUAGUUUUGUUGUGUAGUAGCUAGCUAUUAAGCAGCAAGGCAUUAGGGACAUCCAUCCAGCGGUGUUAUGUGUAAUGUUAUUGUAAUUUUUUGUUUUAUAGGAAGUUAAUUUUGGCCAUAGCUAGUUAUCAAAUAAAUGUGUUGGACAAUGUACAAGUACUCCUUGAGUUGUAUUUUGUAUUUUUUAAAAUGAAGGCCUUUGUGAAUGUGA